AUGAAAAUUUAAAAAUUGAAUUAAAAAAAAAAUGAUAAUUUUGAAAAAAUCUACUUUGAUGAAUUUUCAAAAGCAAUUUCAGGAUAAUAAAUUGAGAACCUUAAAAGAGAUGAUCAGAACAUCAAUGAAGAGUAUACUUUAUUUGACGAUUUAUCAAUUAUUUUGAAGCUUCAUGGGCUUUCAAAAAUUUCUUAGAAGUGUAUAUAAAAUCUAAGUUAAAUAUUAAAAAGAUCUAAUAUAAGUAUAAAGAAUAGGUAUUAAUUUAAUUGAAGUAAGAUAUGAAUAAUUUUUAUAAAAUUUGACAAGCUAAGACUUUUUGAUAAUCUAUUAAUUUGUACAAAAGUCAGGUAUAUAUGGAUAACUUAAUUUUUAACUUGUAAAUGAUAAUUGGUAUAAAUUAAAAGAUAUUUCUGCUAUCUUUGAAUCUCCAGUUUAUUAUUUACUUGGUACACCAAUUAAAGAAAUAUAAGAAAAUUAUUAACCUAAAAAAUUAAAUUCUUAAAUAAAAAGGCAAAGUAAAAAUGAAGAAGACUCACUUGAACCUAGUUGUUAGAAGAAAGUAAAGUUAAAUAUCAAGUUUUAAUUAUCAGCUAAGUAUAUUAUUUAACUAAAUUUUAGUUCCAAAUAUGAUAUAUCAGGCUAGAAAUAAUAUUUUUUUGAGCCUUAAAAAACUAUAUUAAAUAUAGAAUAAAAAUAGAAAGCAGAAGAAUUAAAAUAUACUUUACAAUUAUUAUCAAAUUUGUUAAAAGUUUCUUAUAAAGAACUUGUUUUAAGAAUGUAUUAAUGUUCAGGAGAUUUAAAUACUUUGCAAAAUGUUUUUUUUAACAAUCAAGAAAGUUUACUUUGGACAAGAGAAGCUGAUAAUGCAUUAAAAGCAUAUUUGGAAUAAAAUGAUAUUAUCGAAAAAUAAAAAUUAAAAGCAGUUUUAAAUGGAGAUGAAUAAAUCUAAAAAAGAAAAGAAUGGUUAUAUGGAUGA